AUGAUACCAAAGACCGUCUCUGCGCACCUCGAAGUUGACGACGCUGAAACGUAUAUAUAUCUGUCUACGCUUUUGGGUAUCGAUGACGAUCUUGCGGAUAAGUACCAGGAGCAACUCACGGAAGAUCCCGAAUUGGACAGACACCAUUUACGUAGACGUUUUGAAGGCAGCACCCAGGAGAUACUAAGACCCGGGGUGGUACGUUUAUCGUUCCCGUACUUCAUGGACGACAAGGCAGUGGACUUUAUAGUCCGUGCAGUGUGUGCCGUGGCUGAUUUUGGACAUACGCUUUUGCCGGACUAUACGUUUAAUCCGGAGGACGCGAUCUGGACCCAUGUCAAUUACGUCACGAAACUGUCCAAGAAUCGCACAUGGCUCGGCAAUAUUUCAUAUGCGAAGGGUGUCUUUGAUGUCAAAGCGGCUUCUAAGUUUACGUCGAGAAAUAGAAAGGUAGUGACGGAUAAGGACGGCAACGUCAUAAAUAUCAAGAGCAACGACGACACGGAUACCGGCGUGUUCGAUUUAGAUGCCGUGUAUGAGGAAGGCCUUGCGCUGCUUCAGCAGGGUUCCACAGUUAAGGGACUCCAACGCUCUAGUGGGGCGACCAUCAGCCAAGACGCGUCGUGGCUCAGGUGGUAUAGCAACCCCGAAGAGGGCAAGGCCUCGGCCCCCACCGGACCGGUUUGUCCAUUCACUCCCAAAGUGUACGAUGAAGUUAGUAGUACAGCCAGCUCUGCACAAGAGCCUAUAUUGUACAAAUCCUGUAGAGAAACAUAUGCCGCGCCUCACAGAGAUAGUCAGGCCGAUGGGGGUGGGGUGGCUGGGUCAAUAGACCAGGACUCGGCUGCACCGGAUGAGGGUGCGGAGGGUGUGCGCGAGGCGAUUGGGGGUGCGGAGGGUGUGCGCGAGGCGAGUGGGGGUGCGGGCAGGAUGCAGGAUAGCACUGAGACGGUCAAAGAACCACAGACACAGACACAACUACUCGACUUCACCAUUGAGCCGUUUGAAACGCCCGUGUGUCUGCUGCCACGCAAGCCGAAGAGUGCAGAGACUGCUGAUGGAGACGGAGCUGGGGAUGGGGAUGAGGGAGAAGUGUUAGAUACCGAACUGUUAGAGGAGGGCAAUUUUACGCUGGAUUUAUUCGAUGACGAGGAUGCGAUGAAUGCGCUCAAGACGACCAAGGCGGCGAUUGAGUUCAAGGAGCCGCCCACGAAACUGUUCAGAACAUUCCAACACACCAUCAUGGACAUGGACAUGAUCAAAGACGGCGAUAGCAUCCUGCUGUGUAUAUCGGGGGGUAAGGAUUCACUGUCCAUGUUGCAUCUCAUGCGGCAAUACCAAAUAGAGGCCGCUAAACGACUGCGUAUUAACUUCACCUUUGGCUGUGCCACGGUGGAUCCACAGACGGAAGCGUUUGACCCGUCUCCGUUGAUAGACUACAUGAAGGCCCUUGACGUGCCAUAUUUCUUCAUGAGUGUCUAUGCUAACCAAAUCACGAUUGCUGUUGUGUCGCAGGACUUAAUUGCGCAAGCGGCCAAUAUCGACCCGACAUCGCUCUGUUCGUACUGCGCGCGAAUGAAGAGAGGCAUGCUGUACACAUGCGCUCGCAAAAAUGGUUACAAUGUACUCGCGUUUGGCCAACAUUUGGAUGAUCUGGCAGAGAGUUUUAUGAUGUCGGUGCUGUUCAAUGGCAUGUGCCGUACAAUGAAGGCCAACUACACCGUGACCGCGGGUGAUCUACGGAUGAUCAGGCCUAUGGUUAACAUCCGUGAAAGAGACCUGAGAGAAUUCGCGGACACCUCAGGCUUGCCCAUCAUCAACGAGAACUGCCCCGCGUGCUUCUCCGAGCCCACGGAACGAAUGCGCAUGAAACAGGUGCUAGGUUCUCUUGAGUUGCUGCAUCCACACAUGUUCCACAGCAUAGCUAAGGCCAUCCGACCACUCGUAGCGAUUGACCGUACCGGUUUGGAAACGGGACAAUCCGCACAGGCAGCCGCAUUGGGUGUCGCGACGAUGACCGGUGAUGAUGUUAAUUCCGACGUUGACGAUUAGUCACUAGAGCUAAUCGAAUAAGCAGUGGCCACGAAUGAACUGCAC